AUGUCUGCGCCAAGUAGCAGCAGACCAUACGUGUCCGGCGGACAGAUGCUCCAAAGUCCUCCUCUGUCCGUUCGGGUUAUCCGCUUCUUCGAGAGCAUCUACAUCUUCCUGGGUCUUUACUUUGUUUCUUUGUUUUCGCUGGACCCGUACACUGCCGCACAGAGCUCCCAGUUCAACGUCGCCAGGCCACAAAAUAAACCCAAUACGAGACCUCGAUGGGGUGGAGGUAGCUAUGGAGGUGGUUACGGAGGUGGUGGUGGACCGGGAGGUAGCGGAGGGCCCAGGAGGAUUGGACGGGUGGAUGAUAUUCGAGGACCCGAAUGUCGCAGUUGUCAUCUGGAGAACCAUCUCUAUCUACAUUGGACGAUGUCAGCACAAGUGGCCCCGCCAACCACUGAUGCCGACUGGGCUACUCUGAUCUCGACCACCAAGGACGGUCUACCCGAAUCUGAAGUGGUCUACCCUACACCCGCUCCAUCUUCGAUCGCGAAGACUAUCGACCAUACCCAGCUCGAUCCCAGUGUAAGGCUAGAGCAGAUCACUGCACUCUGCGAAGAGGCUCGAAAAUACAAUUUUGCCACGGUCUGUGUGAGAUUUCCUAAUGUAGCUCGUGCGGUGGACCUCCUGAAAGAUACCGACAUAGGCGUUUCCUGUGUCAUUGGUUUCCCCGAGGGAACCCAGAAGACGGCAGACAAAGUCGAGGAGGCCAAGAGCGCUGUGCAGCGUGGUGCGUCGGAGUUGGAUAUGGUGAUGAACUGGCCGCUUCUGCAGCAGGGCAAAUACACUGAAGUUUACGAUGACGUGCACGCCGUGCGCAAGGCGGCUCCGUCACCGACAAAACUGAAAGUCAUCCUGGAGACAUCCCAGCUCUCGCGGGAUGAGGUCAUUGCCGGGUGCGUCAUCAGCUCCAUGGCCGGCGCGGACUUUGUCAAGACGAGUACCGGGUAUAAGGGCGAGGGAGCGAGUGUCGAGAAUGUUCGUUUGAUGCGAGAGACGGUCGACCUAAUUGGGAAAGGGUGCAAAGUCAAAGCUAGUGGAGGCAUCCGAUCGGCUGAGCGAUGCAUCGCCAUGCUGAAGUCGGGUGCAGACAGGAUCGGAGCGAGCGCUGGCGUCAGGAUCAUGCAGGAACUGGGGGGAAAUAUUGAGGCGGCUUCAACGCCCCAAGGUAAUUUUUAA